AUGGCGACUCCCUUUCCUUGCUUUCCGAAGCUUCCCAAGGAAAUUCAAUUCAAGAUAUGGAAGGAAGCCGCCUUCGAGACCAGGAAUGUCGGUGUUUGGGUGGUGCGAGUGGACUUUGGAGGCUUUCACGAUGAGAAUGACGAUCACGAUCCAUAUUACUUCAGAACGAAUGUUGGACCACCUGCCAUACUACACACUUGCAAGGACUCUCGCUCGGAGGGCCUGAAAUUCUACCAGCUUAGCCUGGGUACAGUCUUUGAAGUUGAAGAACGCCGACACGCACCAUUUACCGUCACAUUCCCUCCCAGAACCUAUAUCAACUGGAAUGGUGACAGGAUUUGCAUGAUGUUACCUUGGUGCGAGGGUGAUUAUCAAACUCAUCUCGAGCUUCUAUCGCAAGCUGAGAACAAUAACUUGAAACUGAUUGCGUUCAAUACAUUCGGAUCAACAUCUCGUUAUUCCAACGUUAAUCGACUGAUUGAACACGCAGUCCACGCAUUCCACCCGGUAGAGCUCACCCUUUUCGACAUCGGGAGCGGUCUGGAUAUAAUGCGAUCACGCUUUACAUUCGAUGUUGGUCAUACAAAAUCCCAUAACAUGAAGUGGACGAGAUCACGCUUGGUCAAAUCAAUAAAAAGCCAUAAAAGCACUGAAGUCGGAAAGGGAGUAGGUGUAGCUGAUGUAGAGGGUGAUGUUGAUUGGCAAUUGGAAGUUCACCUCUGCCGUGUUCUGUGCGAUGGUGAGCCAAAGGAAUGA